AUGCUUUUAGAAGAUCAGCGCCACUUGCAUGAGGAUCUAGAGCGUCUCGAGGACGCAGCUGCUGAGCGCCUCCUUGAAGAUCCACCACACGUGAGUACUGCCCUUUCUUGUCGCAUUGCCUUUCACCAACAUGCCUUGUCUUCUCGCAUCGCCUUGUAUUGA